CGAUAAACACACAGAAUCUGGCAAACAGGCAGACGAUAUUUAAUAGACCAUCCAUUCAUCCAUACAUCGGCAUCCGUUACUAAAAGAGUAAACGUUCUGUGAGACUAUAGCUGCAAAUCUCAGAUAUGUAGAAGGAUUUUUUUAGAUCUCAGAAGUUCAAUGUGUGAAAGUUCAUCAUGGAGGCAGUGCCACAAUCUGUUGAUGAUGUCUCUGAUGCCAACCCUAGCAACAUAAAAAAUGACAACAGCAGUCAACACCAUGAAUCUAAUAGUAGGGAAUCACCUCCUCCUAACUGUGCAAUAUGUCUAGGAAUGUGUCAAAACAAAUCAUUUACAGACUCUUGUUUGCAUCAGUUUUGUUUUAAGUGUCUUGUAACAUGGAGUAAGGUAAAAGCAGAAUGCCCUUUAUGCAAACAAAGCUUCAAAAUAAUAAAAUACAAUGUGAUCAGCAGUUGUCAAUUUGAAGAGUACAAAGUGGAAGAGCGCCAAAAUGAAACAGUCGAAAGUGUUGUUAUCGAAGCCCUGACAAGUAUCUUGUUCAGUUACAGAACAAUUCUGACAUCUCAACACAAUUCAUUGGCCGUUGAAGACUUCUUGCUGCAACACUACCCACAGUCCUCAAACGCGUUAAGCCUGCCAUCCCGCAGCAGAUCUUCAGCCUCUUUUCGUCGCAUCAUCUACGAACGUAACUUACGGGCGCAACCUCUCCCCGAUCACACCGGCCGCUUUCGAAAUUGUAGUCCCGGAUACUACAGGUACAAUAUGUUUGAAAUAUAUCGCCUCGUUCCCUGGUUAAACAGGGAACUCAACUACUUACUGAAUGAAAACGUCAGCCACAUUUCUUACGUAUUAAUGCGAAUUUUGGAAAGAUUACUCCUCUAUGACAUAACUUCAUCACAGUUUCGAGAAGCGAUGCGACGCUUUUUCGGCGAGAGAACGGAACAUUUCUUGCAUGAGUUACACUGCUUUGCUACCUCUCCAUAUGAUAUGAAUGGUUAUGAUCGUAAUGUGCAAUACACCACCGAAUCGCGCGCAUUGACUAUGGUCAAUGAGGUAAUAUCUACUUCAGAAUCGGACGGGAGCAUUGACACCGACGUCGCUAUGAUACCGAACUCUGUGGCCGCUGAGCCUCCGGCCGGCCCUUCGGGGGUGCGACGAGCCCCGCCAAGAGCUGCUCUCGCAGCACAUGCCGUCAUGCCUAUCGAAACCAUCGCCAAUUCCGACACCGACGACUCUUCAGAAGUGAUGGUUGUUGGUUACAUCAAGCCCCCGAAAGAUCGAACACCGGAGCUGGUCGACCUGGUCGGCUCAGAUAGUGAUGUAGUUGUUGAGGAGAGUUCACGGGCCAAGUCUGGGCCGUCGGAUACGAGACCGACGAUCCCGCCUGUAAGUAAGCUCAAAUUGAAGAGGAGCCGCGCUGGUGGGACAGAGUUGUCCGAUUCGGAUACGGACGACUCGUAUCAAUCACCAGCCCGUCGUCGUCGCCGACCUCGCAUCUCGAACUCUGGUAUGAUGGCAAGCACGCAUCGUACUACGCCAGAACCUACCUCCACCGCCUCAGAAUACGACACUGCGGAUGAGUUGACCCCUCCAAGUUAAAAACCGCUGUCUACGUAAUUUUCGUAAUCAGCAACGAAGGCUUUUAGAUACCGAUAUAUAAUAAUAGCCUCUAGAAUAGUCUGUAAAUUUGUAUAAAAAAACGAACGGACUAAACUUAUGCGUUCUGUAGUUUGCGAAGUUCGUAAUUGAGAUUCUCAAGAAAAAAAAAGGACAAUAUAAUAAUAACAUUUCAAGUGAAAUUGUGCUUGUUUGUGUGAUCUUUUGCGUUGCAAUUGAGCAACUUUUGAAUGUGAUUUUUUGCUAAUAAAUAAGGUUACAUAUUAUUUAGAAAUAAACUAUGUGGCUCGUUCUCUCACAAUUACACGUGAAGCAUUCAUGCAUUCCUUGUUGAAGCCUUUAUAAUUGAGACUUAGACCUCGUAUCUCAAGGUGAUUGGUGACAUUCAUAUAGCGACGCGUUUGGGCUCCGGUCAACGUUUAACUUCAGGUGGACAGUGAGCUUGUUCACCCGUCCAAACAAGAAAGAAACAAUUUUUGACUGACCAUAACACUGAUAAAUAGCGUUUAAAUGAAAGUGUUAUGUCCAAAUAAUUGCGUAACAUAUUUUACUCAAAUAUAAACUACCUACUUAGUGUAGAUGUUUUAAAUAAAAAACUUAAAUAUUUAGAAGCCUUUUAGAACAGACUCCGCUGUAUAUUCGUACUUCACAGUCAUUUUAGUUUAGAUUAUUUGUACUGUCCAGGUGAAAUAGAUCAUGCUCCAUAAAAUUAAGUAGCGUUUUAAAAAAUUCAUCCACCCUCAAGGUACGGAUUCGGAUCGAUAUUAUAAAAAUGAGGUUUGCAACUUCCCAAUUAUGGUCACAGUACUCACAAUCCUAUUUAAUACAACUAAUUUUAAAAAAAGCCUACAUUCUGCGAUAAAAUGAUGAACUACCGACAUUUUUGAGCUUUUGUCGGGCUAUUUAUUCGUUCUUCACAAUUUUUGUGUUGAAAGUCGUAUAAAUCUUCGAUUAAAAGUGAAUGUGGUGCUAGGACUAUAAUGGUAGCGUUCUUUGUAUUAUAUUAUUAAUCGCAUUGGAUUAUGGGAAAAAGAAGCUGGAACUUUCCAGUGAUAAGUAUGAAUAAUAUACAUAAUACAUUUGGUGACUUUGUUAUAGAUUAAAUUCACUUUACUCGUGCUUAAAAUUAUCUUAGAUGCCUAUAUCUUAUAACAGCUAUUAUUACACAGUAUUGAAUUUAUCAGAAUAAGAUUUUCUAACAGAAAACUGAUGAACAGUGUGUUUAGUGCGUGUUUGUUAACGUUCUCGAUAGCGUAAAAGUUAGGUAACUCAAAUUUGUAUGUAAUUGGAACAGCGCCCCUAGCGGCAAACGUUCCAACUGCACACAAAUUUGAGUUAUCUUUUACGCUAUCGAGAAUGUUAAAAAACUCGCAUUUAGCACGCUGAACAAGAGAGAUUACGAUAAUGUUUUCAGAAAUUAUGACAUCCAAAGCGACAAGAGAGUUUUAGGUACAUAGCAUGAAUACAUUAGAAAUAUAAAACUAUAAUAUGCAUUGAUAUGCAAAUAGGAAAAAUUCACCACAAUAUAUGUAUUUAAAAACCCGAUAUCAUUUUAAAUGUUGCACAUUUGUUUAAUUAUGGCACAUUGUAUUUAAUAAUGAACAUUAUUUAAAUCGUGUAAUCGCGUAAAUUCAGUUCAAAAAUUUUUCAGCCUGUUUUAACUAUUAUCAAUUUGGAAAUCAAAAACAAUCAAUACCGUUACGAAAAUAAUAAUAUCCAAUGAUGCAGCUACACUCUUCUUUGUAUGUUUUUUCGGUAGAGCUGGCUUAGUAACUGACCAUUUACUGUAUAUUUUAGAACACAGUAUUUAGCCACUUUACCGUCAGUUUUCUAACGUUAUUUUUAUUUAAACUCAUAUGCAUUUAUGAAGUACUUGGAAAAAAAUAUAGAAUUAAUUGAAAGUUUAAA